AUGCAUACCAAGCUUUUCGCCGCCUCGCUGUUGGGCCUCGGUGCUAUUGCGGCCCCGUUGGAAGGCAGCGUUGAGAAACGCAGCUGUCCUUCUAUCCACAUUUUCGGAGCCCGUGAGACCUCCGUCAGCCCCGGAUAUGGCUCUGCCGGGACUGUGGUCAACUCGAUCUUGAGCGCGUAUCCCGGAUCGACUGCCGAGGCAAUCAACUAUCCUGCCUGUGGUGGACAAGCCUCAUGUGGAUACCUGAGCUACUCCAACUCAGUCCAGCAGGGCAUCAACGCGGUCACGACGGCCGUGAACCGCUUCAAUUCCGAGUGCCCCAACUCGAAAAUUGUGUUGGUCGGAUACUCUCAGGGAAGCGAGAUUUUCGAUGUGAACCUCUGCGGUGGUGGUGACCCGAACCAGGGCUUCAACAACAAAGCUGUGCUCCUGUCCUCGUCUGCAGUCAACAUGGUCAAGGCUGCUAUCUUCAUGGGUGACCCCCUGUUCAAGGCCGGCUUGCCUUAUGAGGUUGGCAGCUGCGCAGCUGGUGGGUUUGAUGCCCGCCCUUCUGGCUUCUAUUGCCCCUCGGCCAGCAAGAUCCAGUCUUACUGUGACGCUUCUGACCCUUACUGCUGCAAUGGCAACAACGCUGCCACUCACCAGGGUUACGGUCGGGAGUACGGCUCCCAGGCGUUGGCCUUUGUCAAGUCCAAGCUUGGUUAA